GUCAGAUGUCGCUUUCAUAACCCCCCCUCGGGGGCUGAGGAAGGCUCUCCGCUGCUCUGAUGGGCCAGCCCAGUCCUGGCCCCGCUCCCCGGAGAGGCAUCUGCAUCCUCUGGGCUGAAAGGUAGCGCCUGUGCCGCUGACUUCCAGGCAUGAGGUGGCUCCUGCCCUGGACGCUGGCAGCUGUGGCAGUCCUGGUGGCGGGCAGCGUCCUGGCCACGGUCAUCUCUCCGACCCCCACAACCAUGGCUUUCACUCCAGUGCCACCGGAGGUCACAACUACACGCCCCGAGUUCUGCAAGUGGCCCUGUGAAUGCCCACAGUCUCCACCUCGCUGCCCACUGGGUGUCAGCCUUAUCACAGAUGGCUGUGAAUGCUGUAAGAUAUGUGCCCAGCAGCUCGGGGACAACUGCACAGAGGCUGCCAUCUGUGACCCGCACCGGGGCCUCUACUGCGAUUACAGUGGGGACUGGCCGAGGUACGCAAUAGGAGUGUGUGCACAGGUGGUCGGUGUGGGCUGCGUCCUGGAUGGCGUGCGUUACACCAAUGGCGAGUCCUUCCAGCCCAACUGCAGGUAUAACUGCACGUGCAUUGACGGCACAGUGGGCUGCACACCGCUGUGCCUCAGCCCCAGGCCCCCGCGCCUCUGGUGCCGACAACCCCGGCAUGUGAGGGUGCCUGGCCAGUGCUGUGAGCAAUGGGUAUGUGACGAUGACGCAAGGAGACCACGCCAGACAGCACUUCUGGAUACCAGAGCCUUUGCAGCUUCAGGCACAGUGGAGCAAUGGCACGGGAACUGCAUAGCCUACACCAGCCCCUGGAGUCCUUGCUCAACCACCUGUGGUCUAGGAAUCUCAACUCGGAUCUCUAACGUCAAUGCCCGGUGCUGGCCAGAGCAGGAAAGUCGCCUCUGCAAUCUCCGGCCGUGUGAAGUGGACAUCCAUCUAUACAUCAAGGCUGGGAAGAAGUGUCUGGCUGUGUACCAGCCAGAGGAGCCCAUGAACUUCACUCUCGCGGGUUGUGUUAGCACCCGUGCCUACCGACCCAAGUACUGUGGAGUCUGCACUGACAACAGGUGCUGUAUCCCCUACAAGUCCAAGACCAUCAGUGUCACAUUCCAGUGUCCAGAGGGGCCGAGUUUCUCACGUCAGGUCCUAUGGAUCAAUGCUUGCUUCUGCAACCUGAGCUGCAGGAAUCCAAAUGAUAUCUUUGCGGACUUGGACUCUUACCCUGACUUCUCAGAGAUUGCCAAUUAGGUGGGUGUGUGGCUCGGGGUAAAAGCCCUGUGUUUACAAAGCAUCCAGUCUCUUUGACCCAGGACUUCACAAGUGAGUCUUAUUCCAUCUACUUCCUACUCAAUUCUAAAUUCCCUGAACCUGACCAUUUGCCUGUGUUCCUAUUUUGACAAUCCCAUUGGCCCAGAAGAGCAUUGCUCAGACUCAGACAAUGCGUCCUUCCUUGGGGAUAGUCUAUAUCACUCCAAAGGAAACACAUCUCUGACUGUUCAACAUGAAUCCCAAGCCUGACCCAGCCUGUCCGGUUCCAACCUGGUCAAGUUGUCAGAAAUCAUGAUGGGGCCACCCAAGGAACAGAGUCAGCUGAAGAACCAACAUCAAAGACUCCUUCUUCAGAUGCCAAACCUGAUGAUGUUGGGAUCCUUUCAGAUAGAUGGAUGGGACUGGAGGCACAGGAAUAAGCUAUGAUUUGGGCCUUGCCAAAUGAUACAAUCAAGGGCAUUUCUGCCCACAACACACCAAAGAACUUUGUACCACCAAGUCACCAAACAUGUUCCAGGUGAUGUCAAGGGUUGUGUCCUUUUUCUUUGCAAUAGAAAGUCAUUUCCACUAAUCUGGGCAUAACUGAAAAUACAUUUCACUUCCCCUGUAGUGUGAAGAGCUCAAAUUGGGCUCAUGCUAACCAGAAUGUAAUUUGAGAAAUUUCAUUUUGCCCAUCCUAUAGAGAUGGGGCAAGGACAGCCAGUCUCACAGACCAUAGCUGAUCAGGUCAUUAAAUCUGCAGCUGACCAAGUUCUUAGGGCAAUUAGCCAACUCUUUCCAACAUCUGGGCCUCCCUUGCCCUGGGGCUCCUGGGAGUUAGUAGGGAUCUUGGGGUGACCUGUCGGAUGUCUCAACAGCACCCUAAAACAGUGGGAUAGUUGGGAAGAUGCCCUCAUUGGGCUUGGAAGAUUCUUUUGAAGUUCAGAUCAGACCUAGCAGGAUGUAUGUAUCAAACAAAUAAGUAGGUCACCCUUCACUGGUCUGGGUGGCUUCUGGCAGGAGUGAUGAGGCCACAACAGUCCCUGGCCCAUGAUACAUCUCUUCUGCUUUAGUGAGCUACUUCAUAGUUUUAGUGGCUCAGUUUUAUAGCCUUAGACAGAAGUUGACCAGCUGUUUAGAAAUGGAAGUCUAUUUAACGGAGGUAAAAGCCAAAGAAUUUGUAAUUUGAAGAAAGAGAUUUCUCCUAUGUGAUAAUAAUGUUACUGUUUAUUUUAGCAGCAGUGUGAGAUUUUCUGUCGUCAUUGGUUUACUGGGUUUGUUGUAUGCGCUACGCUUUGUCUAUGAGAUUUGCCACAUCCUUGCUCAGUGAAGCUUUGUGAUAACAUUGAGGUGUUCCCUUCAUAAGUUCUGCUCUUGAAACUGUGAAAUGGAAGGCCAAAGAAGAAAGUCAACCAAAAUCACCCAUCUGGAGAUUCACAUCCCAGAUAGAUUAACUUCCUAAUUCAUAUUUCCUCUUUGCUUCAGAACCUUCCAAACAAGUCAGGAUAGGAAAGGCAACUGAAAUCAGCAGCUUGUCCUUCUCAGUUUGGCCCUUAAUAUUGUCUCUCUAGCUCCUCUCCCACAAGAGGGGAGUGUUUAAGUAUUAAGCAUUCAAACUAAAUGAGACAGGAAAAGGCAUGCAUGUCUCCCAUGGAUCCUCCUGCCUUGAAAUCAGAACCAGCUCACAAUAUGCAUUUGUAAGAUGGUUCUGUUUGCCCAGCACCAUAUGUGCAGUGGUGGGAAGAUGCCUGUGGGAGAACUAUACACAACACACAAAUGAAUUCUUAAAUAGGAAAGGGAACUUGCGAUUUCCCCUCCUUCUGGUAACCUCCCAAAGACCUGGCCUUGUGCAAGGCAAACAGUGGUGCUCAAGAUGUAUUUAAGGAAAAAAUACAUUAUAUUUACACUCCUACUUUUCCUUAGAAACACUCUUCUUCCA